CUCUCGCCUCCUCCGGAUGAACAACAAUGGGGGAAUGGACCAUACUAGAGAGGCUCCUGGAGGCUGCUGUCCAGCAGCACUCUACUAUGAUAGGAAGGUAAGGGCAAAAUGUAAACUGUAUUUGCAAUAACUACAGAUUUGCCUGUUUUAAUGGCUGUUGUUGGGGAUAGAUGGGUCGCUGUGCCAUGUACUAACUGAGAAGCAGAGACCUGCUCCACUUACAUUACCAAACAAACGAUGGCAAAACAUUUAAAAACACAAAUACAGAUGAAUGCCAAUUAGUAAAUACUUUAGAGUACACAAAAUAUACAACAAUGGCGUACUGACACAAAUGACAACAAAACAUAAUACACAUAGCAUCCCAACCUCCAGCAAAGCGUGAUCCCAGGCAAAGAGCGUUCGCUUUCAGCACUGGACAGCUCCCAAACACACGCCUGUUUAGAGCGCCACUGUACAUAAUUUACAGACUUUAUAUUCAUACAUUGUUUGUUUGUUUGUUUGUUUUUUAGGAUCCUACUAACUGUGGUGGUGAUCUUCCGGAUUCUAAUCGUAGCAAUAGUUGGAGAGACGGUCUAUGAUGACGAGCAAACCAUGUUUGUUUGUAAUACCUUACAACCUGGUUGCAACCAGGCUUGCUACGACAAGGCAUUCCCAAUUUCACACAUUAGAUUUUGGGUUUUCCAGAUCAUAAUGGUUUGCACCCCGAGUCUUUGUUUUAUCACAUACUCGGUGCAUCAGUCAGCGAAACAGAAGGAGCGACGGUACUCCACCGUCUUUCUGUCCCUGGAUAAGGAUCAAGAUUCAAUGAAACGAGAUGACAGCAAAAAUAUUAAAAACACCAUUGUGAAUGGAGUACUUCAGAACACAGAGAACUCCACGAAAGAAGCCGAACCCGACUGUUUGGAAGUCAAAGAGAUCCCCAAUUCAGCCAUGAGAACUACUGGGAAGUCUAAAAAGAGUCGGCAAGAGGGUAUCUCGAGAUUUUACAUAAUUCAAGUGGUUUUCAGAAACGCGCUGGAAAUAGGGUUUUUAGUGGGUCAAUAUUUCUUGUAUGGAUUCAACGUCCCGUCGGUGUACGAAUGUGAUCGAUACCCAUGCAUAAAAGAUGUCGAGUGCUAUGUUUCCAGACCAACAGAGAAGACGGUGUUUCUAGUCUUCAUGUUCGCGGUCAGUGGCUUUUGUGUGUUGCUGAAUCUGGCAGAACUCAAUCAUUUGGGGUGGAAGAAAAUUAAAACGGCCGUGCGAGGAGUGCAGGCGAGGCGGAAGUCCAUUUAUGAAAUCAGAAAUAAGGACUUGCCCCGAAUGAGUGUGCCUAAUUUCGGUCGUACUCAAUCCAGUGACUCUGCUUAUGUGUAGCACAUGGAGAGAGUUACCGAAGGGACAAUGUGCGAUGUGGAAAGAUUGAACCAAGAUAAACCCGGGAUGGACAGCUCCUCACGCCACAUCCGUUUCAUGAUUUACAAGAGUGGGCAGAUUUUUUAUUUGUUUGUCUUUUAAGGACUCCAAUGGCAAGCGUGGAUUCCACGUUUGUUAACUUAUUUAUUACAUUGCACUGAUUCAACUUUGUAGUAACGUUUAUACUCUGUAAAGCGCUAAAUAGAGAUCAUGUCGAUGUGUUCACGCAUUUACUCUUUGUGGGCUGAUCUACUGUACUUGAAGAGUGUAAAUGCAAAUUGCACUAAAAGGUGAACACCGGGGAGCCAAACCUAACCCGAUACGUGCUACUGACAGUGUUUUAAAAACAGUUUCCAACCGAUUUUUGACACCAACCUAUUUAAGCGACACAAUGCACCGCUCAACUAUGUGUUCGAAGGGAAAUCUAUUCUCCAGAUUUAUAUAGGCAUAUGCCUAUCUCCAUAUUUAUAUAGGAAUAUGGAUAAAUAUAUAAAUACAUUUUGGCUAUAGAUUGACCUAGUUGAAAUACAUUAGCAUCAUUCAUGUUUUUUGUUGCCUGUGUUCGCACCACUGACCUUAACGUAUGUAAUCAUUCCAUUGCUAUAUAGCUGACUUGCAAAACAGUAUCUGGUGGAUUUGCUGCAAACGCUAACGUCUGUGACUUCCUUAAUUUAUAAUACACCAAAGCGCCCACUGCUUUCAUUUGCUUUCGUGUAAUCAAGUGCCAUACUUGUACAUAAACAUAUAUAUAUGUAUACAUAUAAAUAUAUAAUAUUAUUCAUCAUGAAAGCUAAUUCCCUGCUUGAAUUAUGCUAAAUGCCGCCCAAUUUUUUGCUUUAACUGUAUUUGUUGUGACUUAAAUGGAAAGGAUAUAUUACAUUUUUCUCUAUCUCUCUUUUUACUUAGAAAAUGACUGGAAAAUAAAUAAAGUGCUAGUCUUUUUUAUAUACUGGAAGAAAACGUUUCUCCACAAUCACAAUUGAUCUCAACUCAAAAUAGCACAAAUUGACCUUUUUAACAAACUAAGGAUGGGCAAUAAGUAUCUGCUCUGGUGCUACAGUUUUUCACAGAAUGGUUUUCAAUGUAACCAAAAUAAACCAGAAAAAAUACCCUUUUCUGUCGACAAUAAAAGUGGGAAUCAUGUACACCAGAAACGUGUGAGGUGCAAUACUUUUAUGUCUGAAAGCUGAACUGGAAUGUUAGAAUGUUAGAUCCUAUAGCUGCCCUGGCUAGACCAUGGCUUGGUUCAGUGAAAAUGACAAUGUUUGCCACACCCAUAAGCCUAUGUUGUUCCAUCCAAUGAGAAAACCCCUAUGAGCGCUUCCUUUGAUGCUAUCAGUAUCUGUUACCAUGUGGGUGUGCUGUAAUGCAUUUAAAUGGGGAUGAUGUGUCCAUGACAAACAUGAAUACUGCAUGUCCCAUUACAGUGUGACCUGGGAAGCCCUAACGUGAAAUGCAUUCUAAUAUCCAUGUACUGUCCCUUCCCAGUCUUAGCUGACCUGACCGUGACUAUUCACAUGGCUGCUAUACUGUUACUGACCUUCUGACCAUGACCAGGAAGCUAUUAGACAGACACACUGCACAGAACAUGGGAUGAUUAAGACCUGAUCUUCGUCGAUAGAGGACUUGGCCUUUUUUGUCCUCCACUCAUCCCUUCUUCACUCAUUUCGAGGAAGAGAGCGGCUCCGGGCCAAAGGGAAGGUCGUGUGAGCCUCAUGAAGGUCACUAAGAAAAAUGGAAAGAGAAAAAAGAUCAAGUACUAACUGUAUGAGAGAGAGAGAGAGGAGAGAGAGAGAGAGAGAGAGAG